GACAUAGAAUUAGAAAACGUCCUUGAUCCUGACAACUUCUACGAACUCAAAAGCCAGCCCCUAUCCCUACGCUCAAGGGGGCUCCAGGACCCCUGCCAUGUCGUCAUCUUCUUCAUCACGGGUCUUGCUGCGGCAGCAGCUAAUGCGAGCACAAGCCCAGGAGCAGGAGAGGCGUGAGCGUCGGGAACAGGCCGCAGCCGCUCCCUUCCCCAGUCCUGCACCUGCCUCUCCUGCGAUUUCUGUGGUUGGUGUCUCUGCUGGGGGCCACACAUUGGGACGUCCCCCUCCGGCUCAGGUGCCCAGGGAGGUACUCAAGGUGCAGACUCAUCUGGAAAACCCAACACGCUACCACCUACAACAGGCACGCCGGCAACAGGUGAAACAGUACCUGUCCACCACACUUGGGCCCAAACUGGCCUCCCAGGCCCUCACCCCACCACCAGGGCCCACGAGUGCCCAGCCACUCCCUGCUCCUGAGACUGUCCAUGCUACUGGUCCUGCAGGCAGCGCUCCCAACAGUCCCAUGGCGCUGCUCACCAUUGGGUCCAGCUCAGAGAAGGAGAUUGAUGAUGUUAUUGAUGAGAUCAUCAGCCUGGAGUCCAGUUACAAUGAUGAGAUGCUUAGUUAUCUCCCUGGAGGCACUGCAGGGCUACAGCUCCCCAGCACGCUUCCCGUGUCAGGGAAUCUUCUUGAUGUAUACAGUAGUCAGAGCGUGGCCACACCAGCCAUCACUGUCAGUAACUCCUGCCCAGCUGAGUUGCCCAACAUCAAACGGGAGAUUUCUGAGACAGAGGCAAAGGCCCUUUUGAAAGAACGGCAGAAGAAAGACAAUCACAACCUAAUUGAGCGUCGCAGACGAUUCAACAUUAACGACAGGAUCAAGGAACUGGGCACGCUCAUCCCCAAGUCGAGUGACCCGGAGAUGCGCUGGAACAAGGGCACCAUCCUGAAGGCUUCUGUGGAUUAUAUUCGCAAAUUGCAGAAGGAGCAACAGCGCUCCAAAGACCUGGAGAGCCGGCAGCGAUCCCUGGAACAGGCCAACCGUAGCCUGCAGCUCCGAAUUCAGGAGCUAGAACUGCAGGCCCAGAUCCAUGGCCUGCCAGUACCUCCCACUCCAGGGCUACUCUCCCUGGCCACGACUUCAGCCUCUGAUAGCCUCAAGCCAGAGCAGCUGGAUGUUGAAGAGGAGGGCAGGCCAGGCACAUUUCAUGUGGCGGGUACACCUGCCCCAAAUACUCCCCAUCAGCAGCCCCCAGCGCCACCCUCAGAUGCUCUUCUGGACCUGCACUUCCCCAGCGACCACCUGGGGGACUUGGGGGACCCCUUCCACCUGGGGCUGGAGGACAUUCUGAUGGAGGAGGAGGAGAGUGUGGUGGGCGGGCUGUCAGGGGGCACCCUGUCCCCUCUACGGGCUGCCUCUGACCCCCUGCUCUCUUCAGUGUCCCCUGCUGUCUCCAAGGCCAGCAGCCGCCGUAGUAGCUUCAGCAUGGAGGAGGAGUCCUGAUCAGGCCUCACCCCUCCCCUGGGGUUUCCCCACCCAGAAAAGACAAAUCUGGAUGAGGCCUGCCUUUUCCCCCACCCGCUCAUGAAACUGCCUUGCCCAGGUGUUCCGGGGGAAGAGGAGAUGAGAUCAAGCCCCACCCCUGUGAUCAGGAAAAGAGGAGGAGUAGAUGAGGCCCUACCCCUUUCCCAAAGGAACAACCCAGAGAAGGUAUUUCAGACUUAGGGGUGGUGGUGAGAUCAGGCCCUGCCCCCUAGAGAUCACAGCCUUGCCUCUAUCCCAUAGUACCCACCUUUGCCCAGAUAUGGGGAGACAGGAUAAGAUCCUGUCCCUGUCCCCUAGGGACAGUCUAUCUACCCAGGCCUCCUGGGUAAAGGAGAUACCAAUAUUUCACUCCAGCCUUUCACUU